GGGUUGGCAGGCGCUGUGCCGGUGGCGGUCAAAGAGCUGAAGUCAGGGCGGCGCAGGAACCCCAGCGUCAGGCCCAGCAGAGCUGAAGACCAGGGAGGGCCCGGCGCGGGUGCGCCCGCCAGGCCGCUGGGUGGGCCGGCCGCGAUCCGGACCUCGCCGGGCCCCCCCCCCGCUCCCCCGGAGAGGCUUAAUCCUUCUUGGCUUCUAAAGAAAAUGGCAGAAACAUCAGAGCCUUCUGGGCAGUUUGUUGUACACUCAGACACGCACAGUGACACUGUCCUGGCCAGUUUUGAGGAUCAGAGGAAGAAAGGCUUUCUCUGUGACAUUACUUUAAUCGUGGAGAAUGUGCAUUUCCGGGCCCACAAAGCCUUACUGGCUGCCAGUAGCGAAUACUUCUCCAUGAUGUUUGCUGAAGAGGGUGAGAUUGGCCAAUCCAUUUAUAUGCUGGAAGGCAUGGUAGCCGAUACAUUUGGUAUCCUGCUGGAAUUUAUUUACACAGGCUGUCUCCAGGCCAGUGAGAAAAGUACAGAACAAAUUCUAGCUACUGCUCAGUUCUUAAAAGUCUAUGACCUGGUAAAGGCUUACACAGACUUUCAAAAUAACCAUAGCUCCCCAAAGCCAGCGACUUUGAACGCCGCUGGUGCUCCAGUGGUUGUUAUUUCUAAUAAGAAAAAUGAUCCUCCAAAGCGGAAACGGGGAAGACCAAGAAAAGUCAACAAUUUGCAGGAGGGAAAAUCAGAACUGGCUGCAGAGGAAGAAAUACAGCUGAGAGUGAACAAUUCAGUUCAGAAUAGACAAAAUUUUGGGGUGAAAGAGGUAGACAAUGGGGUACUGAAUGAACAGAUUCCAGCAAAAGAAAUGGAAGAACCUGAGCCUGCUUGUGAGCCAGGAAGAGAGGAAGGAAUGCCCACUGAAAAAGAUGAGAACUGUGAUCCUAAGACCCAGGAUGGACAGGACCACCAGACUCGGUUCAGCAAGCGGAGGAUUCAGAGAUCCAUCAAACUUAAAGAUUACAAACUUGUUGGGGAUGAAGAUGACCAGAGUUCCGCCAAGAGGGUCUGUGGAAGGAGAAAGCGCCCCGUCGGCCCUGAGGCCCGUUGUAAAGACUGUGGCAAAGUCUUCAAGUACAAUCACUUUUUAGCAAUCCACCAGAGGAGCCACACGGCCCAGCGCUGGCCAAGAGACUCUUCUUUGAUGAUGGACAUGUCAUCGUCAUCAGGGGAGCGACCUUUCAAGUGUAAUGAGUGUGGAAAAGGCUUUACCCAGAAGCACUCCCUGCAAGUCCAUACCCGGAUACACACAGGCGAGCGGCCAUACACCUGCACCGUGUGUAGCAAGGCUCUCACCACCAAGCACUCGCUGCUGGAGCACAUGAGCCUGCACUCAGGACAGAAGUCUUUUACCUGUGAUCAGUGUGGAAAAUAUUUCAGCCAGAAAAGACAACUAAAGAGCCAUUACCGAGUUCAUACAGGCCACUCAUUACCGGAAUGCAACCACUGCCAUCGCAAAUUCAUGGACGUGUCUCAGCUAAAGAAACAUCUACGAACACACACAGGUGAGAAGCCAUUUACUUGUGAAAUCUGUGGCAAGUCUUUUACAGCAAAGAGUUCUCUUCAGACCCACAUCAGAAUCCAUAGAGGAGAAAAGCCAUACUCCUGUGGCAUAUGUGGCAAAUCCUUCUCUGACUCCAGUGCCAAGAGGAGACACUGCAUUCUGCACACGGGCAAAAAGCCUUUCUGCUGCCCUGAGUGUAGCCUACAGUUCGCUCGCUUAGACAACUUGAAGGCUCACUUGAAAACCCACAGCAAAGAGAAACACGCGUCAGAUGCCAGCAGUGUUUCCAGCAGCAAUAAUAGUGAGGAGGUCAGGAAUAUCCUUCACCUACAGCCAUAUCAACUCUCUACCUCUGGAGAGCCUCCCGAAAUUCAGCUUCUUGUGACCGAUUCUGUACAUAACAUCAAUUUCAUGCCUGGUCCUAGCCAAGGAAUCAGCAUCGUCGCUGCAGAGAGCUCCCAGAACAUGACCGCAGACCAAGCUGCUAAUCUCACCCUGCUCACGCAGCAGCCGGAACAGUUACAAAAUUUAAUCCUUUCAGCCCAACAGGAGCAAACAGAACACAUUCAGAGCCUCAAUAUGAUUGAAAGCCAGAUGGAGCCCUCACAGACUGAGCCAGUGCAUGUAAUCACACUCUCCAAGGAAACCUUGGAGCAUCUUCACGCCCAUCAAGAGCAAACAGGGGAGCUCCACUUAGCAAGUGCGUCAGAUCCGGCUCAGCACCUGCAGCUGACACCAGAGCCUGUGCCACCACCACCCAGCCACCAUGUGACCCAGCCCACACCACUGAGCCAGGAGCAAAGCUGACCUGGGAACAUGUUUGCUCUCCUGGCCUCCUCUCCAUAAGCCAGCUAUAACUGGAUCGUGCGCUGGAAGUCAGUCUUCCUGAAACACUCACAGAUGCUUACACAGAUAGCUACCUGAUGGUUAUAAUGCUUUCCAUCCAGGCAGCAAGAUGUAUGUAUCAUGUCCUGACUAUUGUACUGAUUGGGAUUUAGCAUUUCAAUAUUGAUGAACGGUUUUCACUUCAUUUACUACAUCUCAUAAAGACUUGGAUAAUUUUUCUUUGGGAGUAUUGAUUUAGACUUUUGUGUAAAUACUGAACGUUCACAGCUGUAGGUUAUGGUCUUGCUGACCUUGCCAGUUAUAUAUUUUUUUUAUUUUUUAGAGCAAAGGAAGCCGUUACAAGUAUGUUGAAUUGGGUAGAAUGGUGGGUUCCACUUUCUAAUUUCUCACAGGCAACACGAUUGCCUCACAAGACAAAUCAGACUUCUAGAGCUCUACCUACAAUGAUAUUUGAUCUUCACGAUGAAGUUAGAACUUUCUUAAUUAUCCUGGAAUAAAAAAUUUGUUCAAUGUAAUUUUGUGUUAAAUAUACUCUACUGAAUUCUAAUUGACCUCUGAAAAUGUUGAUCUGUAUAUUAUGUCUGAUAAAUUUCUGGAGAUGGGAACCUAUUAUCUAUUUUUAUUGCAAAUACAUUAAAUCCUACAAAAUGGACACAUUAUUUUUAAAAGUGAAUAUCUUCUCAUAAUCUUGAAAGUAAUUUUGAGCCUCAAAGACUUACUAACCAGCAUGUGUCUAUAAUCAUAUUAUUUUAAACAAUUGUCAAAAAAUUAAAUUAUGUUUGGAUUAGGUUCUCCAGCCCAGCAUAUUUUAUUGAAUACUUGACUGCUUUCUCUCAAGUAAACUAGUGGAGGAUUUUUGAGAAAAAAAGGUGGGCACUAGAAUACGAGUAUGUAAAUUAACAUAAUGCUGGUGGAGGGUAGGGGUAAUCUACCGUAAAAUUAAUAGGGUACUUGUUUUCUUAUUUUAGGCAUCUUUGAUUUCCACCUGAAUCAAAUUAAGUUUGGAGGUUAAAGUAAUAGAGAAUUGUUCAGGUUGGAGAGAAGAUGAAAGCAUUUUUUUAACAUAUUUGCCAAAAUGUAUCUUAUUGUAUAUGAUUCACAAAAUUUCCAAAAUGAUUUAUCUUAUAUAUAGCAACCAAAGUAAUAUUAAAUCAGACCUGACUAGAGCAAAGGUAUAAUUUUUGCAAAUACAGUUAAUGCUUUAAAUAUUAUUUCAGGUUCUUGACUUAGUCAUUUAAACUGUGUACUUUAAUUUUAUUGUUAAAAUGCAAAGCUUUUACCAGCUUUUCAAAGCCAGCUGGCCCGUGUUUUCUCCAAGAGAUAAAUAGUAUUCAAGUAAAUGAAUAUUUAAGUACUCAGUGUGGAUAGCUGGAUAAUUAUUCAGGAAAUGGAAUCACAGGACUAUAUGUCAAGUUUAACUAGCUUUAUGACAGUCUACCUCUGCACUAAGAAAAAUUUAAUGGGAACCACAUAUGUAAUUUUAAAUUUCUAGCAGCCAUAAUCAAAACAAAAAGGUGAAAUUAAUCUUAAUAAAAUAGUUUAUUUGAUCCAUUAUUUGCCAAAUAGUAUCAUUUCAACAUGUAAUCAAUAUAAACAUGUAUUAAGGUAUUUUACAUAAUUUUUUGCAGACUAAGCCUUCAAAGUCUGGUAUGUAUUUGACACUUAGUGCACACUUGCUUUGGAUGCUAAUGUUCACUGAACACCAUCUAUAUUUAGAGUUCAUGCAGUUUUACAGUUGAGAAACUGCAUAGUCUAGUAGUUGCAGACAUACUUUUUUCAGUAACUAAAAUGAGUGUCAGUUUUUAAAAUAUAUUCAAAUGAAAACCCGGUUCCUUGGUCACACUAGCCAUGGUGUGAGUUCCCAAUAGCCACAUGUGGCUGGCGGCUCCUGUUGUACAGCACAGGCCUGACUGUUUCUAGCUUGGGAGCCAGUCUCAGCCAUAAAAAUACCUUCUGGAAGAGUUCUGAGUUAUUUGACCAGCCGUCAGAGGGAAACAAGAAAAUGAUAGCUUUAUAAAUCUAGCCUCUCUUCUGGGUUCCAAAUACACAUUCUGCCCCUUUGAAUGAAAUGCAGCAUUUUCAAGUUCAGUGACUGUACCCAAAGGAAAUAUGUACAUAAAGUUUCUACUGUGUCUGAGAAACUGCUCGCUCAGUGUUUCACGACUCACUUUGUACUGCACUUGCACAGUUCUUAAAGUUGUUUUACAAGUGUGGAAAUACAAAUUGUACUUCUUAGGAAGUAAUAUUGAUAGAA